GCAAACACCAAACUUCAUGUUAAUAUGAGAGGUAGCGAUGGCACAUUAAUGUAUUUUGCUUUCUAAACAAAUACCAUAACUUAAUGUGGCUUUUUAUAUCUUAAAAAAAUUGAGAGUUGAAUGAGAACAGUCGCAGGGGUCACUUCUGACCUUUAUUACUCUAUAACUCUCUGAAACAUGCUCCUUGACUAGAGGCUGGGAAAAAGAACAUCAAAAUACUUCCAAUGAGAUGAAAUGUGAUGAUAAACAGGAAGAAGUUUAAAGAUAAGACUGGGAGAAGUACAGAGAAUUUCUUGCUAAAAUAGCAGGGAACUGCUUAGCUGUAAAGGUGAGAAGGGAAGAAAACUGGAAAGAGAUGAGACAUCAUCAUCCCAAGGAAAACUUUGAAGAUGCCUUUGAAAACAUCCCCGUGGCAUCCAAGAUGGAUCUCAAGUGUGCUCUGGAAGAAUGUUCAAUGGCACUGAACUUAUUUCUAAACAAUAAGUUCUCCGAAGCACUGGAACUACUUCGUCCGUGGUCCAAAGAUAGCAUGUACCAUGCACUUGGAUACAGCACUAUUUUAGUUAUGCAAGCUGCUAUGACCUUUGAACAGCAGGAUAUACAAAUGGGAAUUUCUACAAUGAAGGAGGCUUUGCAAACCUGCCAAAGAUUCAGGAAAAGAAGCACAGUGGUGGAAUCUUUGUCCAAUCUAGUUUUGAAACAGUCAGUGGAUCAGUUGAGUGAAGAGGAAAUGCAUGCUGAAAUCUGCUAUGCUGAAUGCUUAUUACAGAAAGCAGCUCUCACCUUUGUACAGGAUGAAAAUAUGAUCAACUUUAUCAAAGGUGGACUCAAAAUUAGGACAAGUUACCAAAUAUACAAAGAAUGUCAUCAGGUGCUACAGAUGACUCAGGGGAACAAAAGCAGAAAUGAAACUUAUUACCAGUUUGAAGGAGGAGUAAAACUUGGAAUCGGAGCAUUCAACUUGAUGCUGUCACUUCUACCAGGAAGGAUCCUUCGACUUUUAGAAUUUAUUGGAUUUUCUGGCAAUAGGGAGUUGGGCCUCUGCCAACUACGGGAAGGCGCAUCUGGCAGCAGUUUGAGGGCCAUUCUGUGUACUUUCACCCUGUUGGUUUAUCAUACUUACGUCUCCUUAAUCCUUGGUACAGGGGAAGCCAACCUUCAGGAAGCAGAAAGUCUUCUCGAACCCUACCUCCAGAAAUUUCCAAAUGGUUCCAUUAUUCUGUUUUAUGCUGCUAGAAUAGAUAUACUGAAAGGAAAUUUUGAAAAGGCACAGUUAAGAUUCCAAGACUGCAUAGCAGCCCAGCAAGAGUGGAAACAGAUUCAUCAUCUCUGUUACUGGGAACUGAUGUGGUGCUACACCUUCCAGCAGGACUGGCUUCAAGCAUAUCGAUAUGCAGACCUGCUCAGCAGAGAGAGCAGGUGGUCUAAGGCAAUAUAUGUAUUCCAGAAGGCAGCAAUUCUAUGUAUGCUUCCAGAGGAUGAUUUGAAGAGGACUGGUGAGGACAUAGUGUCUUUAUUCAGACAAGUGGAUGGUCUAAAACAGAGAAUUGCAGGAAAAUCUAUCCCAACUGAGAAGUUUGCAGUGAGGAAAGCUCGACGCUAUGCAAGUGCUCAACCAGUGAAGCUGAUAUUACCUGCCUUGGAAAUGAUGUAUGUCUGGAAUGGAUUUGCAGUUGUGGGCAAAAGAUCAGACCUUACUGAAAACUUACUGGUAACAAUUGAAAAAGAAGAAACUGCUCUACAAAAUGAAACUAAUCCCAAUGAGUAUUAUAUGGAUGAUGUGUGCAUGUUACAGCUACUGAAGGGCCUGUGCCUGAAACACUUGGGAAGACUCAUGCAAGCUGAACUGUGUUUCAGUAAAGUAAUUCAAAGUGAGAAGCAAAUAAAAUACGAUAGUUACUUGGUGCCGUUCACCCUAUAUGAAUUAGGUCUUCUGUACAAACAACAGGAUGAGAGAGAAAAGGCAAUAAGAUACAUAGAAACUGCAAAAAACAACUACAAAGAAUACUCUAUGGAGUCCAGGUUGCACUUCAGAAUUCAUGCAGCACUUGACAGCUUGAAGAUGUCACCUGCUUCAACACCUUGAAUGAGGAGGGAUGCUUUUCAUGCAUACAAUAAAUAGCCUACACAAUCUUUUUGCAAUCUUUUUUUAAUCAUAGAAAAGAACAUAAUGAUUGUUUUCUGUAAUUUCUGAUUUGAUGUAUAUCAUUUCCAUAGACUUCUUUUUCUGUAUAGCGCCUACACUGUAUCUACUUGCUAUUUUAAAGAAGACCUUAUAUUUUGUUUGAUAAAAAUAAUUUAAUAUUUGACUUAAAUGGGGGAUAUUUUAAAAAAAAAAGAUGGUGCAAUAAAGUUUAAUGCGAACACUAUUUUUUUAUAUGAGAACAGAUACCAGUUAUGCAGUGGAACUGGUAAUAAUUUAGCAUUUUUUGAAAGUUUGAUUUUCUGCAGUACACUUGAGACCUUUUUGCUUCUGGAAUAAAAAAGCAGAUAACCUUACCCACAUUUGGCAUAAGCUAUUCUGAAAUUUGUGUUCCAGAGGAAAAAAUUUGUCAUCUUUGACUUAAUUUCAUUUUGGGAACAAAAUGAACCUGUCUAAAGUGCAAUAUUUUUACUUUGUCAGAGGAGGCUAAGCAGGGCUACAGUUAUAACGUCUUUGUGGGUCUAUUUCACUCAAAAUAAGUUCUUACAGCGGAUAUUUUCCAGUCAUAGAAAAGCAUGGCUAUAAGUGACAUUAAGAGAUCAUUCUGUAUCGUUGCUUUGAAGCAGAAACAACAGUCUUGAGUUGUUCCUGACAGACUUGUUUGACUUGUUUAACAAUUAAAAAAAAAAAAAAAAAAAAAGCUUGCACUGAGAACAUUCAUUUUGCAACUUACAUAGGAUGUUUUUCCCAGUGGGAAAAGACUGGGAAAUUUUACUUGGCGUCUACCCCAAAUAAUUCUUGGUACAACUGAAACUCUUUUUUUCCCAUCUUUCCUGUCAUAGACCUGGAGAAAAGAUCGUUCCUUUCCUUAUAGAAGCAAUCUUUUAAUAUAUGAAGACUAGCACACUUUUUGGUAUUCUCUGUUCUUGGAUACCAACAAAAAAAAAUAAAAAAUUGAGGAACAUAUAUAUUUUCCUAAUUAUGGGAAUAACUCAUAUUAAUGGAAUUUGAUUGUACAUCAAAAAGGGAAUCCACUGCACAUAUUCUAAUCUAAUUUCUACCAAAAAUAUGUAGUAAAAUUGAGAUAUUUAUAAGAACGUGCAUUUCUCUUUUCAUUGUAAUAUGGGAAUAGCAGUAUCAAAUUGAAUUUCUGAUUUCUUUAGAUAUGCAGAUUCUAUCUGUCUAUUUUUAAAAAUAAGAAUAUAUUUGAUUUUAAUUUAAGUAUACACACAGUAACGUUCUUUCACUAGUUACUGCAAAACUUGUCCAUUUCCAUAUUUUAUCAAUGCCAGUAUAUUUACUUCUGCAUGUAAAUUCAUAGUAACUGUGCUCAUGUAUGUGAUUCGCUGCCCUAAACUCGCUUCUAAGAAAAAGUGGGACAAAAGGAAUAGGUGAAAAGUAUAUCUUUAGUAAAUGAGUAACUGAGGUUCCUAAUUAAACAGUCAAUGUAAUGUAAAUGCAAUCAUUAUUCUUCUCAAGUGACUGAGAGCACAGCUUUCUUCUAUGACUUUAUAAAUUACUGGGUCAUUUAAUUGCUUAUAAUUCUGUAAUACAGCGGCAUACUUACAGGUCAAGUAAGGGUUUAAAAAUAUUAGCUAAAUAAACAUAAUGGAUCUUUCAAAGUGGAAA